GCAGUUUCUCGUGGACAUGAAUACUGAUAAUAAUAAACGUUUCCUGAGGAUUGACUAAUAUACGAAUAGAUCAUUGAUUAUAUAAAAAUAAUUGCAUUCUUUUCAACUAUCCUGUGAUAGUUAGUAUUAUUAUUAUUAUUUAUUUAUUAGAUCAAGAUCAUGGAUAAGCAAGAAAUACAGGAUCAAUACCUGAGAAUCAACAAAUUUUUUGGACAGCUAGUUGGUGUAUGGCCAUAUCAGGAAAGAUUUACCAAAUUUUGCAUACGAUUAACUAUAUUCGCCAUAAUAAUUCUUACUCUUACUACGCAGAUAUAUCAGGUAAUAGUGUUCUGCACAUUGGAUGCCUUAUCGAAUCAAUUGCCAUACUUAAAUGCUCUGUUUAUCCUCUUAUUCAAACAGUAUAAUUAUAUUUUAAACGAGGAUAAGCUCAGAGAACUUCUAAAUGACAUCGUAUUUGACCGGCUGAUGGUACGCUCGAAGAAAGAGUUAGAAAUUUUGAACAUGUAUUCAAAAAGGGCAACAACGCUCUGCAUUUUUUAUGAAGUUAUAGUAAUUUCCAGCGCGAUCAUGUUCAUCAUGAUACCGACUAUACCACCUAUUUUGAACAUCAUCAUGCCUUUGAACGAAUCACGAGACCGUGAAUUUAUCUAUCCAACCUAUUUUUUCAUAGACGAGGAAAAAUAUUAUUAUCCCAUAUUAACGUACAUGGCAAUAGUAAUAUUGAUAGUGUCUUCAGUGUACUUAGCCUGUGAUACAAAUUUGGUACAAAUUGUACAUCAUGGAUGCGCCUUGUUGGCAAUAAGCGGGUAUCAUUUCAAGCAUGCAGUGGAUGACAUGAAGUUUUCCAACGGAAAUUAUAUUGACCUCCUAAUGGAUGAAACUUAUAAAAAGGUUAAACAAUCUAUUAAAGCUCACAAAACAGCCGUUGAAUACGUGGACAAAAUCGAUGCCUGCCACAUAUAUUACUUCUUACUUAUCAUAGGAACGAUAGUAUUAGCUUUCACCGGUACUUUUCUAAAGUUGUCGACCAUGGAAAUAGAGAUUAGAUUCUUCACGUUCUGCGGAUACACUGUUGCUCAACUAACUCAUCUGCUUUUCUUAACGAUUAUGGGACAGUUUCUUAUAAAUGCCAACGAUGAAAUUUUUAAAACAAUAUAUGAAGCACAUUGGUACAAUGGUUCAUCAAGAACGCAAUCAUUAUACGUAUUGGUACUUCGGAAAUGUUUGAGUCCGCCAACAUUGACAGGAGGAGGCUUAAUUGCUUUGAAUUUAGACAGUUUUGUACAGCAACAUUCACGUUUACUAUGGCAGUAUUGUUAUAGACAUGAAAACCGAUGGAUCGGCUAUCAAUUGAACAGGAUCGUUGACGUCGUUAUUAUUGUUUAUAUGAUUAUGGACAAGCGGGCAAUAGAGGAUCAACAUCUGAAAAUCAAUAAAUUUUUUGGAGAGUUAGUUGGUGUAUGGCCAUAUCAGAAAAAAAUUUUCAAAACUUGCAUACGAUUCAUCACGUUUAUCAUAAUGAUUUUUAGCCUUGUAACACAGAUAUCACGAGUAAUAGUUUUCUACAGUUUGGAUGUUCUAUCGGAUCAAUUGCCAUAUAUCAAUGCAGGAAUUGUCACUUUAUUCAAGCAAUACAACUAUAUUCUAAACGAGGAUAAGCUCAGAGAACUUUUAAACGACAUUGUAUCAGACCGAUUGAUAGAAAGAUCGAAGGAGGAGUCAGAAAUUUUGGAAAUGUAUUCAAGAAGGACAACAGCGCUCUGCGCUCUUUACAAAGUUAUGGUAUAUUCCUGCGCGUUCAUGUUCCUCGUCAUACCGACUAUACCACCUAUUCUGAACAUCAUCGCGCCUUUGAACGUAUCACGAAGCCGCGAAUUUAUCUAUCCAACCUAUUAUUUCGUAGACGAGCAGAAAUAUUAUUAUCCCAUAUUGACGCAUAUGAUAGCAGUGAUAUUGGUACUUUCUUCGGUGUAUCUGGCCUGCGAUACAAAUUUGGUACAAAUUGUGCAUCAUGGAUGCGCCUUGCUAGCCAUCAGUGGGUAUCAUUUCAAGCAUGCAGUUGAUGAGGUAAAGUUUUGCGACGGAUAUUACAUCGACGCCUCAAUGGAUGAAACUUAUGUAAAAAUUCGGCAAUCGAUUAAAGCCCACAAAACGGCCGUUGAAUACGUGGAUAAAAUAGAUGCCUGCCACAUACAUUACUUCUUAGUUGUCAUAGGAAUGAUAGUAUUAGCUUUCACCGGUACUUUCCUAAAGUUGUCGACCAUGGAAGUGGGGAUAAGAUUCUUUACGUUCUGUGCAUACACUAUAGCUCAAUUAAUUCAUCUGUUUUUCUUAACGAUUAUGGGACAGUUUCUCAUAAAUGCCAACGAAGAAACUUUCAAAACAAUAGUGUGUAUGUAUGUACAUAGAUGUGAAGCACAUUGGUAUAAUGGUUCGUCGAAAAUGCAAUCAUUAUACAUAUUGGUACUUCGAAAAUGUUUGAGUCCGCCAAAAUUGACGGGAGGAGGAUUUGUUGCUUUGAAUUUAGACAGUUUUGUACAGAUUCUAAAAGCAUCAUUUUCAUAUUACACUGUAUUUAGAUCUUAAUAAAUUGGAAGAUUAAAAAUAUAAAAUAAAAAAUUCAAAAAAUUUGUUGAUGCAACUUAUUAGUAUUUAUAGCUAUUUGUAUAAUAAUAUAUUAAUUAUUAUUAUAAAGUUAACUAGAGUUAGUUAUUUGUUGUUUUACACAUAAAGUAUAUUUAUGUAUUAAAUAAAU